AUGGCUUCUCUUUUCAAAAAGUCCAUCCCAUACCAGUUCAAAGACCCGUCUUUGAUCGAGACACGAGCAUUUAUUGGAGGCAAAUGGCUACCGGCGAUGUCCGGGAAAUCAUUCCCCGUAUAUGACCCUGAGGAUGACAAGGAAAUCAUCAGCGUGACCAAUGCAGGCCGUGCCGAUACUUCGUUCGCUAUCGCCGAAGCUCAAAAGGCCUUCGAAACGUACCGCCUUACGCCGCACCGUCAACGCAGAUGGCUUAUGCGCCGCUGGGGCGAUCUUAUCAAGGCCAGCAAAGAUGAUCUGGCAGCGCUGUGCACAUUGGAGCUGGGAAAGCCAUUCACAGAGUCUCUCGGGAGCGUCCAAUACGCCAUCGACUUUAUCGACUGGUUCGAAAGCUCUGUGGAGAGAACUCUGGGCGAAACCAUCCCCGCUGCAAGAGGCAAUAAUCGGAUGUUGACAAUCCGUGAGCCUCAAGGUGUGGUGGCUGCUAUCACUCCUUGGAAUUCUCCGCUUGCCAUGGUGACUCGCAAGGUCGGAGCUGCGAUCGCUGCUGGAAAUACUGUGGUUUGUAAACCUGCCCCGGAGACACCUCUUUGUGCGCUUGCACUGGCAAAACUCUUUGAACGCGCUGGGGGCCCACCGGGUGUUCUCAACAUUAUUCCUGCCGGACCUGAUACUACCCCCGAGGUUGGAGAGGAACUUUGCCAUAAUAAGUUGGUCAAGCACCUCAGUUUCACGGGCUCGACCGCUGUUGGAAAAUAUUUGAACACUGAGUGUGCCAAGACGAUCAAGAAGACCAGUCUUGAGCUUGGCGGUAACGCUCCUUUCAUCGUCUUCGAAGAUGCUGAUCUUGAAGAGGCUGCUAAAGGCUUGGUAACUUGCAAAUUCCGUUCUUCUGGCCAGACUUGUGUUUGUGCGAACAGGAUCCUCGUGCAGGCGUCAGUUGUCGAUCGCUUCGCCGAUGUAUUGAGAAAAUGCAUUGAUGACACAUUCAUCUACGGCUCGGUGUGGGAUAAGAAGGUGAACUUCGGGCCUUUAUAUUGUUCCAAGGGGGUUUCAAAGGCCAGAGCCCAUUUGGAAGAUGCAGUCAGCAAGGGAGCGAAGCUUCAUUCCGGUGGCGUAUCCAACACUGAUGGCCCCAACUUCUUCGCGCCUACUAUUGUUACCGAAUCUAGAGGAAAUAUGGACUUUGCUGGAGAAGAGACCUUCGGACCUGUUGCUUUCUUGAUGCCAUUUGAGACUGAAGCAGAAGCCAUCCAGAGAGCCAAUGAUUCCGAUGUUGGGUUGGCGGCUUAUUUCUACACUCAAGAUAUCUCGCGUCUAUUCCGAGUGAGCGAGGCACUGCGAGUGGGCAUGGUAGGUGCGCGGGCUGGGUUGGUCAGCGCGGCUGAAGGGCCUUUUGGAGGAAUUCAAGAGAGUGGUCUUGGUCGUGAAGGUGGCAUUGCUGCGCUUGAUGAAUACCUCAAUGUCAAGAGCAUUACCAUUGGGAUUUAA